AUGGCCACCGUCAACCCUCCCAUUGGAAAGAGGCUUAUGGCCGAUGUCAUCGAUAGCCUGGCAGAGACAGACCCAGAGCGCAAGGUGUGCGCCAUGCCAAAGAGCCCUGGCACGCCUGAUGAGUAUGUCGAUUUGCCCAUUCGCAAACUUGCCCAGGCAAUCAAUUACACGGCCUGGUGGAUUGAGAAGCAGUUUGGAAAAGACGGAUCGUUCAGCGAGACGAUUGCGUACAUCGGGGCGAACGAUGUGAGGUAUUUGGUGAUGGUUGUUGCAUGUAAUAAGACUGGGUACAAGCCCCUGCUUUCGUCGACUCGGAAUUCCCAGGCCGCUCAUGUUCGCCUCUUCGAGAUGACGGGCUGCUCGAAACUUUGCUAUAGUCCGGAGAAGCAGCAAAACGCGGACGAGAUAUGUGCCGCUGCGCCUCAUGUUGCGAGUGUGGAAAUACCUUCGUUUGCCGACAUGAUAGCACAGGAAUCCAGGCCAUAUCCAUUCAUAAGCACCAUCGAGGAGGUCAAGAAUAAAGUGGCAUUUAUAGCCCAUAGCUCAGGGACUACAGGCUUCCCCAAACCGAUCCAGCUUACAUUUGGGUAUUUUGGAGCGCUGGACCAUGGAGCCCAUGUCCCCAUCCCACCAGGCCGCGUUGCUGGCGUCCCAGACCGGCUGACCCCCGAUGAUUUAAUCCUUUCAACAACUCCUUUCUUCCAUCUCAUGGGAUUCUCACUUCUCAUUAUGGCCGUAUUCCACGGAAUCCCUUGCGUGAUGCUCCCGGAUAAACCGCUAUCAACAGACCUAGUGACGAGCGUCCUGACCACGACCAAGCCAACAGCAGCCCUCUUUCCUCCAUGCAUACUAGAAGACCUCUGCGCAGUCCCAGCGUCACGCCAGGCACUGUCUAAGCUACGCCGUGUCUAUUUCGGAGGUGGCCCACUCUCCCCCGAGGUCGGGAGACAGGUCAGCGAGAUCACGCAUCUCGUCAGCUUCCUCGGAAUGACAGAGGGCGGCUUCGUGCUGUCACUCCGGCCAGAGCAGAACGAGGACUGGUCGUACUUCGAGUGGAGCUCGACCUUCGGCAUAAAGAUGGAGCAUGUCGAGAGCGGGCUGCAUGAGAUGGUCAUACACAGGACGCAAACUCCCGAGUGGCAGCCCAUCUUCCAUACAUUCCCUGAGCUGGACCGCUACCACACAAAAGAUCUAUAUUUGGAACAUCCCGAGAGACCGAACCUGUGGAAGUUUCAUGGCCGGCUGGAUGAUGUGAUUGUGCUCAACAACGGGGAGAAAUUCAAUCCCGUCACGAUGGAGAAGAUCAUCGAGGGCCAUCCGCUGGUGGCCAGGGCUGUUGUCGUGGGCCUUGGUCGAUUCCAGACUGCCCUGUUGAUUGAGCCAAACUGGAGACAAGUUGAUACGGAGUCGCAUUCAGAGGCCGACUUCAUCGACAUCGUCUGGCCGACGGUGGCAGAGGGAAACCGCAUCAGUCCGGCACAUGGCCACGUCCUGGAGAACAAGAUUGCCCUGGCAUCGCCAGAUAAGCCCUUUGCCACGACGCCGAAGGGGAGUACACAGCGAAGGCUUGUAGCGGACAGUUAUAAGGAUGAAAUCGAUGCUCUCUACGCACGGCCUGAUGUGGAAGACCUGCCAUUUGCCCUUCCUCCGUCUCCUACUUUAGAAGAUAUUGUUUCAUUUGUACAGAACCUCGUACUCCAUGUCUCAGGCGUCACCUGCGGGGAUGAUGAUGAUCUCUACAAUUCUGGGCUUGACUCACUGCGAACCAUCCGCCUGGCAUCGGCCUUGAAGGCUGCUGGGUUCCAGGAUAUCACUCCUCAAAUGGUCUACGUGCAUCCCAGCAUCAACAAGAUUGCCACCCUUAUCCAUGCAUUGUUGUAUGGAUCUGAGAAUGGAGAGGCACCGUCAAGACGUGAACGAAUAGACAGGCUGGUCGCAAAAUAUACAGACAGCCUCCCUGAGAAAGCCCACGUCCGUAACAUUUGCCGUGACUCGGGCAAACUCACGGUGGUACUGACAGGAUCUACCGGAUCGUUGGGCAGCUAUCUGCUUGACUCCCUGCGCUCCAACCCAUCUGUCCGCAAAGUAUACUGCCUAACACGCGAUGGCAAACCGGAGACACAAGCCCAGGCCCUACAAAAUCGAGGACUGGACCCAACCAUCCCUGACAAGGUCGAAGUUGUCCAAACAUCCCUAGGCGAGCGCCAUCUCGGCAUCCAGGACACAAAGUACCAGGAGAUGCUCCAAUCAGUAGACACGAUCAUCCACAACGCCUGGCGAAUGGACUUCAACAUCCCCGUUGAGUCCUUCGAGCCAGUCCAUAUCCGCGCAGUGCAUAGCCUGAUAGAAUUCUGCGCCCAGAGCUCCCAUCGCGCACACCUCCAUUUCCUAUCCUCCAUUGGUGCCGUUGGAGGGUGGUCCACGUCUGCACUGUCAUCCACCCCUGCAUCACCAGAUGCUAUUCCCGAACUCCCAUUCGACGACUGUGACGUGACGCUUCGCCAGGGAUACAGCGAGGCAAAGCAUAUCUGCGAGCGUAUCUGUCUAGCUGCGUCUGAGAAGUCCGGAGUCCCGACCAGUGUUCAUCGUGUAGGCCAGAUCGCGGGCUCGUCUGGUGAGAGCGGAUACUGGAAUCAGAGUGAAUGGCUCCCUGCGCUUAUUGCGACGUCCAAGUCGAUUGGGAAGAUUCCGUCGAGUUCAGGUGGCUUUGCGGUUGAUUGGGUUCCUGUGGAUCUACUCGCGAAAAUAAUCGUAGACGUCGUCCAGGUCCGCAGUAAAACACAGGAGACUCCAUUUGAUGUCUUCCAUCUAGUCAAUCCCACGGCCACAUCGUGGGAAGGUCUUCUCCCGCCAAUCAACGCCUUGUAUGGACAGGAGGGCGGACUAGAGACGGUCAGCAUGGAGGCUUGGGUGCAGGAACUGCAGCACAUCAAGACUCCGACUGCGGACGACCUUCUAAAUAAGCCAGCACUAAAGCUAAUGCCGUUUUAUGAGAGCCUCGUUGCAGGUGGAGACCUGGCUGCGCUUUCUGUUCCCCUUGAUGUGAGAAAUACAAAGGCUGCCAGCGCCACGAUGAGGGUCCUACCCCCGAUUUCGCCAGAUAUGAUGGCGACUUGGCUCCGUCAGUGGGGAUUCUAA